AAAAAAAGGAAAUUCAGAAAAUAGCAGUAAUAUUUUAUUUAGAAACUAGAAAAAUUUUGGGCUCCCGUUAACGAAUCGGUUGUCGUGGCGAUUGCACAGUCAGCAGAGAUGAACGGCAGAGGAUUCGCCACGUGGAACUAUUCAGUUUACACGAGGGACAUCAGAAUGGUCCGUCCGGUUAGCCCGAUGGUCGCCCUAUAAAUAACUGACCAAACACGCAGCACACAAAAUCUCAUCGCAUUAUCACACUUCUCACCAGCAAAAGAGAAGCAAAAGCCAAAACGAAACAGAGGAAGCAAAAUCCGCUUUUUUGUCUGACCGAUCAGCCAUCAAUGGCCGCGAAGAACUUCAAGUACGUGAUCCUCGGCGGUGGAGUCUCAGCUGGAUAUGCAGCUCGGGAGUUUGCGAAGCAAGGGCUUAAGCCAGGCGAACUAGCAGUCAUUUCCAAAGAGGCGGUGGCUCCAUACGAACGUCCUGCACUCAGCAAGGCUUAUCUCUUCCCCGAGUCUCCUGCUAGACUUCCUGGGUUUCAUGUUUGUGUUGGAAGUGGAGGAGAGAGAUUGCUUCCCGAGUGGUACAAAGAGAAAGGGAUAGAAUUGAUUCUUAGCACUGAAAUAGUUAAAGUCGAUCUUGCUGGGAAGACUCUUGUCAGUGGAAAUGGGGAAUCCUUCAAGUAUCAGACUCUGGUCGUUGCCACUGGAUCAACUGUUAUAAGAUUGACAGAUUUUGGUGUCAAAGGAGCUGAAGCCAAAAACAUCUUCUAUUUGAGAGAAAUUGAUGAUGCUGAUAAACUCAACGAAGCAAUUAAAUCCAAAAAGAAUGGGAAAGCAGUGAUUGUUGGAGGAGGGUACAUUGGUCUCGAGCUUGGUGCAGCUUUAAGAAUUAACAACUUAGAUGUUAAAAUGGUUUACCCUGAACCAUGGUGCAUGCCUCGCCUUUUCACUUCUGGUAUUGCUGCUUUCUACGAGGGUUACUAUGCAAACAAAGGGAUUAAAAUCAUCAAGGGAACAGUUGCGGUUGGAUUUACUGCUAAUUCAGAUCGAGAGGUCAAGGAAGUGCACUUAAAGGACGGUACUGUGCUUGAAGCUGACAUUGUUGUUGUUGGUGUUGGGGGGAGACCCCUGACAACAUUGUUCAAGGGGCAAGUUGAAGAGGAGAAAGGUGGCAUUAAGACGGAUGCAUUCUUCAAAACAAGUGUUCCUGAUGUAUAUGCCGUGGGUGAUGUGGCUACUUUUCCUUUGAAGUUGUACAAUGAGAUUAGAAGAGUUGAGCAUGUUGACCAUGCACGCAAAUCUGCUGAGCAGGCUGUAAAGGCCAUCAAGGCAAGCGAGGAGGGGAAGACAAUUGAGGAGUAUGACUACCUUCCCUUCUUCUAUUCUCGUUCCUUCGAUCUGUCAUGGCAAUUCUACGGUGACAAUGUGGGUGAAACCGUGCUCUUCGGAGACAAUAACCCUACGUCACCAAAACCCAAGUUUGGAACAUACUGGAUCAAAGACGGGAAAGUGGUCGGAGCAUUUCUGGAGGGUGGCAGUCCUGAAGAAAACCAGGCUAUUGCCAAAGUUGCCAAGGUCCAACCUCCUGUUGCCAGUUUAGAUCAGCUUGCGAAAGAAGGUCUUUCUUUUGCUAGUAAGAUUUAAACCUCAUGUUUGGGGCAAAAUAAAAUGAACUGCUUGUUGCUGGAGGUGGUCUAGAUAGCUUUAAAAAACAGUUCACCUUGGUUUUCUUUGAGUGGUUUCGAUGUUGUAAUUUCGGAUUAAUUACAUAAAUCUUAUUGUUCACAGACACUUUACAGAGUUUAUUCUUGUUCUUAUCAUUGUGAAGAGAUGAUGUAACUUGCUUAUUGUCAAUAAUCAUAUUGUUAUUCUCAUA